GUCUAAUAGAAACGUCAAGUCAAUAAUCUGUCAGUAUAUACCUAGAAGUGAAGUGAUGGGAAAACUGAGUCAAACAAUAGAGAAUAAUAACAUUUUCUCAAAUCAUUGAAGAAUAUGAAUCAUUAUUAUACAAAGCAGUGACGGCCGUAAUAUAACUACGACUAUAUUGAAGAUGGUUGUGAAAUGGUUGUUUAAUUUAAAGAGGAAAUAAUAAAAUUUUUAUAGUUGCGAAAGGCAGGCUUCUCAAAAUCCAUGACAUGGGCAUUUGUUCAAGAAGGUAUUUUUUUCUAUCAAUAUGCUUUUUGCAAAUGAUAAUAGUAGUAGAAAGACAGGUGUUUGACUUCCUUGGUUUUCUAUGGAUUCCAAUAUUAGUCAACUUCUUUGAAAUUGUAUUUAUCAUAUUUGGCUUUUUUGGUGCCUAUCAAUAUCGCCCUAAAUAUAUUAUAGCUUAUUUACUAUGGCAUAUUUUUUGGAUUGGUUGGAAUAUUUUUAUGAUAUGUUUAUAUCUAAAUGUAGCAGGAUUAGAUCAUGAGAAAAACAAAGUGCUCAAAUUAGAUUUAAAUAGUGACAGUUGGUGGAAAAAGGAAGGACCUGGCUGUAGAAUUAAGGAUGUGGAUGCAGUACCUGUAGAAUAUGAAGGAUGUUUAAUCAACUAUGUACAUGUUGAAAUUGCGCAAGCAGGGAUUCAAUGUAUUCUGGCUGUAUUUAAUAGCAUCAUCGGUAUUUGUCUAAGUCGAAUGUUUCUAGAGGAAGAUGAUACUUCGUCAUGUAAAUCAUCCCGAAAGAAUAAGAACACAAAAACACGACUUUCGCUUUACUCGAUUGAAUUCAGUCCUCACGUUGACAACCGGCCAAUUGACAGUGACACUGAAUUUGACCAAGUGCCAACACCAGUUUCUCCCAAACCAAUGACUCCAAGGAGAGUAAAACGGCGCAGUAUAAUGACAAGAGGAUCAUCGGGGAGGCACAGUACCAGCAGCCAUAGAUCACACGCUAGAUCUUCUACUAGAUCAAGAAAGAUGGCGCAGAAUCCAGUGACAAAGCUUCUAGAGCAGCAGCAACAGAAGAAACCAUAUGACAGUCCAUCUAGUCUCUCCCCUAUUGAAUCACCCCUUCCCAAUUACUAUAAUAUGUCUUCCAAUAAUAAUUUGAUGGUGCAGCAAAAUUGGUCAGUGAAUGCUGGUCAUUCAAAUCCAAACUACCAGCAAUCUUCCCAGCAAAGCUUGAACGAAACAGAAGAAUUGGACGAGUUGUAUAAUAACCGACCUGCAUCUGUCCGGUCAAGUUAUUCUAAUUUCCAUGGAACCAGAGCUUUAAACUAUUCUCCCCCAAAGCAGUACCACAGUCAUGCUACUCCUCAAGUGCCACAAAAAAGAGGACAUUCUAGUAGAAAUAGUAUGAGGUCUAUGGCUUUCUUGAACAGUGGACCUCCAGCUUAUACUUCACACGGACAAAUUCCUAUAGAUUCUGAAACUCCAAUAUAAAUAGGUAAUUUAUUAUUUAAUUUUUAUGUGAAAUACCUCUUGAUACAGAUACAGACAAUGUAAAUUUCGCAUCGAAACAACACAAUUUCAUAUACAGGGUAACUACAACAUUGUCGUUAUUAGAUACAAGCAGAAAAUGGGACAUUUGUCAGAUUUAUUGCCAUAUAAUUAAUUUAAUAUGAUCUCUAAUCGUGCAAAUAAUGAAAUUUAUACGAGAGCCGUUGUUUUUUCAACCUCCGAUCGCUCCGUGCAGACGCUACGUGGACUGAAAAAAGCGCUGUAAGCUCUCGCACUACACACUCCGCCAUUGUUGACUUUCGGGCGUCAGUCGGCGUUGUGCUACAGCUACGUAAACAUGUCCGCCAUUAUUGAUGCUCCCGCCAAGUGUGUACAGGCUGAAGGCAAUAGUGCUGUAGAAAUCCAUCGGAGAAUGUUUCGGGUGUAUGGGGAAAACUUCAUGAUUGAUGGUGUUGAAAGUUUAAAGAUGGCCGUAAUGAUGUGCAUCAUGAUGGGAGCCAAGGACGCAAAUCUGUCGUUUCAAAGAGUUGACAGAAUUGUUAAAGAAAACCAUAGAUUCACCGUUACUGCUUUGUCUACGGAAUUUCCAGAAAUUUCAAGGUCUGUUCAUUGGCGGCAAACUUUUUUUGAAGAAGGUAUUAAAAAGCUUGUCCACAGAUAUGACAAAAUCUCUUCGGUGAUCAUGUCGAAAAGUAACCAUAAGUUUACCAAUCUUUUGGUGAUGAAAUUAUUGUUUUAUAUCAACUUGCCUUUUAUUUAUAGCCUAUCGGGGGUUGAAAAAAAAUGGCCCUCGUAUAUCUGGCAUAUACAGUAGGUUCCCGCUUAACGCGGGGAAUACGUUCCAUAAAAGUAGAACGUAAUGUGAAACGAGGCUAACACGUAAAUAAUAGGGUUAGGGAAAGGAUGGAAAAUUGGUUAGGUAUUAAAAUUAAUAACGUUUUUUUUUUAAUAAAAAUAAAACCAAACAUUCAUUUCUCACGAAAAUAAAAACAAUAUAAACGAAUAUAUUUAUGAAAACAAAUAAUUCAGUCAGAUCAUUCGCUGUAUUUUGUUUUUCCAAUUUUUGCCCUGUUGUCAAGAAGGCAUCUGAUGUAGUUUGCAUUGUGAGCAUGACGGAGAGUUAUAGAUGCUCUAUCCACUUAUCAACAAAAGUUGUUGUGAAUCUAUAACACAUUUGGACGAGAUGAGUGCCGCAUUUCCAUCGACUGUUUGGCAAUAUUUCACAGAAAAAAAUUUAUGCACCUUUUCAUAACCAUAGAUGAAACGUGGUCCAUCACUUCACUCCCGGAACAAAAGAACAAUCGAAACAAUGGACUGAAAAAGGAGAAGCGGCUCCAAAGAUGGCUAAAACCUUUAAUCUUUUCAGGAAAAGUCCUGGCGUUGGUUUUUCGGGAUGCGUGUAGUACAGUGUUGUUUCAUCAAAACAAUGCACCAGCUCAGAAAUCCGUUAUUGCAAUCGUCAAAAUUAAUGAAUUAAAGUUUGAAUCGCUAUCUCAUGCAAUUGGUUUUGAGCUCCUGUCAAAAUUUGGAUAAUUUUCAACAACUUGGUCCAUAUUUUUAAUUAUAGUGGUGAAACUCCUUUUUACAAACACUAUCGAAAGUUCUUUUUGCUCUUCUUCAAAAUCACUACUAUCAAUAUUUUUGUUUUCUUCUUGCUCAGUUAAUUCCUUGAGCUCAUCACUAGAAAUACUAGCUGAUGUUUCUUGAACUAUUUCUUCGACGUCUUCUACAUUUACCUUAUCUAAACUAGUUUGUUUAGCUAAUUCCACUAUUCCAUCCGUAUCGAUAGACUAUGCAAUGUCUUUGUUCUUACUUAAAUCUGGUCAAAUGUUCUGACAUACUUCUUUCAAAGAUCUUUCUGUUAUCUCAUUCAAAAACAGGUUUAUGUUUUCUACAGCACUCAUGAUAUUGGAGUUUUUCCAAAAUUCUCUUAUUGAUUACUUCUCUAAACAUCUGCUUGAAUGUUUGCCGCAAGUAAUAAGCCUUGAAAUUAGAUAUCACGCCUUGGUCCAUUGGUUAGAUUAGGCGGCAAGAAAACCACUUCGGCUGGAAUGCAUGUUGUUAAGUCCGGUUCAGACGCAGCCCGUGAUUUAGUAAAGUAAUUCAGUCGAGUGUGUUUAUUCCCCACACAAGUCAAGUUAAUUAGUAGUGUUUGCUCAAUCAAGUCCGAGUCAAACAAUCGUUUAGACGGGCCAGUGUUUGGUUGAAAUCGAUUAGCAGCAAGUCGAGUAUCAGUAGUGGGUUACAAGUUACGGCAAGUUACAAACCAAAAUCUUCUUCGAUAAAUAUUAAAACUUCUUACUAACGUAACUAGCAGUAUAUAUUUUAAAGAUUUACAAAAGCCUAAACGUAUAUGUUUGAGAAAAUGGAUUAGUAGAAGAAAUGAGCUUGGAGCCUCCAGUUGUCUAUUAAAGAACUGGCUCUGGAAGAUUCAAGGGAAUAUUUUCAUGUCCUGAGGAUGUCCGAGGAAUCAUUUAAUAUUUUAUUGGACACAAUCAAAUUAUCUAUUUAAAAGAAUGUGAGAUGCUUUUCCAGCCUCCACAAAGUUGCAGGCAAUAUUAUACGAGGUCUGGCUAUUAAAUAACGAGACUGGUUACGAAAAAAGGUUUUAUCAUAAAAAUUAUUCUACAUUCGAAUGCUCCCCUUCAAUAUACUCCCCUCCCCUUGCCACACAACUUUCCAUACGUUUUUCCCAUUGAUCGAAGUCUUGGUCUCUUGGUGAGAACCUUCAGGAGCUCUGUCGUUUUUUGCUUUACCGCUUUCAUCGACUCAAAUCGAGUCCAUUUCAAAACAGAUCUUUUUCUAACCUUUCAAGAAAAUCUGAGCAGAUUUGUUGGUCAGAAGUCAGAUUUUUUGGCACAGACUUUUGUCAUGUGUAAUUCCUCGUGUAAAAUUUUUCUAGCCGUUACCAAUCCAAAGCGACUAAAUUCUCAAAAGCCAAGUUUCCCAUUGACAUACUUCCCGCGCCCCUCCGAUUAACUUUGUUUACACAUUAAUUAAUAACAAGGUGAACUGUGAAUUUGAGAUAUUUAAAAAUCUAAAUAUGUUUAAUAAGCAUUAUUGGAAAUAUUCUUGAGGUAUAAAUAGCUCUAGAUGUCUUGAGGUUUGAGGGUGAAUAGCUAGAAUGAAAUAAUUAUCAUAAUUUAUUUCUCAUUAGCUCUUCGAGAUAAUCGAAUCGAUUUUUCUGCAUUGUGAUAUAAUUUUAAAAAUUAGGGAAAUGGGGAACAAUUACUUCACUGAUUUUGAGCUGGAAAGUUGAUUAAGAUCUCCAUAUUGAAUUGGAUAUUUCGUCUGCAGGUAUUGUAAAUCUGCAGAUGAACAUUGAUCUUGAUCUAUUUCUCGCCAUGUCUUCUGAUCUUAGACCAUACAAUUACUCGGACUGCUUCUUAAGAAGAGGAAAAUGGCAAAAUAUCGAAAAGGACUAACGUUAAAACGAUUUUGGCACCUUUUAAUGACUCUAAAAGAAUUAAAAUCGGUUUACAAAAAUUAAAAACAAUAAUAAUUGCUUUAGAAGAAUCAGAAUCAAGGAAUCGAUUAUUAAUUCCAAAAAAAGCAUCAGAAAGUGAUUCUCGAAUGAAAACGAUUUUUGAAUCGAAAGUCCACACUGAAGUCCUAAUAGUUUUUUUGCUGACGAGAAUAGGAGUAGCAGUAUGUAAAUGUAUGGUGUAAAUUCGUCAUCUAUUAAGAAUUAAAUGACACAUACAGAAUGUGAAGUAAUUGGGUUUUUUCUUAUAUAUCGUAACACAUAUAGGGAAAUUGUUUUCCGACUACCUACAAGAAAUAGGCUCCAAGUAGGUAGCAGGAUUCCAUUUGGCAAUAGUGCAGAAUGCACUAGUUCAUAAGAAGAAAUAUUUCCUGUAGGUCGUUGGGGAAUUAUAGUGUAUAAGACGUCUAGAAUAAGUAUACAGUAGGACCUCCAUAUAACGAAAUUGGUAAAAGUUUUCAAAGGUUUCAAAGUAAAAGUUUGUUACAUAGAAACUUCGUUAUAAAGUAAUUAUAUUGUAAGUUUCAAAAAACAUACAAAAAUAGUAUUUAACUUAUGUUUUAUGAAAUGUAACACAGGAUAUUAUAUAAAAAAACUCAAUUAGAGCAAAAAAUAAACUUAUGUAUUUAUUUGCAUGAAAUAUACAUAUGUAUACAUAAUAAAAUACAACAAAAAUCAGUACAUUUUAUGAAGCAAUAGGAAAAUGUAUACAGAUCAAUUUGUAAUUUAUUUGUUUUGAGCUGGGAAAUAUUUUCUAAUAUCUUGUUUGUAACUUCUCAUAGAAAUAUUCACAUUUGGAAAACAUUAUAAGGCACUUUUCAAUACACUGGAAACCAUGUCUGAUGGUCUCAAAAGAAGACUGCAUUUCGGACUUUGAGGGUUUCGGUCUUUUUGAUUCCUCAGUAUCAUCCGUUUCGUCAUCCUCUUGGUGUUCGAGAUCUUUUAUAGUUCUAUAGAUCUAAUAUAGUUUAUUAUAGCAUCAUCAGUAGAAUAAUCAGUCACCAUCAAAUCCUUGUCUACGGCUAAAUAAUCCGUCAAGCUAAUGUUGUCAUUUAUUGCACCAGUUGAUUGAAGCUCGUUCCAGCGGACAUUGAUGUAUCGUAAAUCAUCUACUGGUUUCUCUGUCGUGUUUUCGGCAAAUCCAGCUUUGAUAAAACAAUUUUUUAUUGUAAUUUCCGUAACAUCAUUUUGCCAAACCUUGGUUAAAUCUCUUAUGCAAACACGCGGGUCAAUAACCUUAUCAAGGGAUUGUUUAUUUUCUAAUGCGUUAAUCAUUCUUCUCAGAAUUUUUUUCCGAUAAUUUGCCUUAAGGUUUGUAAUUACACCUUGAUCCAUCGGUUGUAAUUUUGAUGUCGUAUUGGGCGGAAAAAAUUCAAGCUUAACAUUUGUUAGUUUCACGUGAUGAGGAUGAGGAUGAGUAGGGCAAUUGUCUAUGAAGAGAAUAACUUUUCUAUGCUGUCUUAUCAUUUUCUUGUCAAAGUUCUUUUUCCACUUCUCGAAUAUUUCGCUUGUCAUCCAUGAUUUCUUGUUGUAAUCAUAGUGCGCUUCUAUAAUGAUUUUAUUCCUUUGAAGCACCUUGGUUGUUUGCUUUUCCCUAUUACUAAAAUUCUUAAUUUUUCUGUCAUGUUAGCACAAACUACAACAGUUACUCGUUCCUUGCUAUUUUUGCCACCAAAACACUUAUCGUCUUUAAAAUUUAAAGUCUUAUUUGGAAGGCAUUUAUGAAAAAAACCACAUUCGUCCAUAUUAAACACGUCAUCAGGUUGAUAAUCUUGUAAAAUUAACUGAAAUUUCGGUUUCCAUUGAUUACAAGCAGUUUCUGUUAUACUGGCACUUUCCCCUGACACUACCUUCUCUGUUAUUCCAUGACGUUUUUUAAAAUUGACCAACCACCCUGAACUUACUUGAAAGCCUUCAAUACCGAACAUUUCGGCAUAUGCAAUAGCUUUCUCUUUUAUAAGUAGUCCUGAUUCCGCACUGUUAUUACCCACUUUAGAACUGCUUCAUUUACUGAAUUAAACUUACACUUUUUAAAUUUUUUUCUUUCUUCUCCAGCUUCCUGACACUUCAAAACUGCAUCCCUAUUUUUUGUUAUUGCUGAGAGAGUGCUUGGAGGAAUUUCAUACUUCUGUACAAUAAGUUUUUUCUGUAUGCCGUGCUCGACAUCCUUUAAAAUAUUAAUUUUAUCUGCUACACUUGAAGCUUUCCGCUUAGACAUCGCCAAUGCUCUGUUCUCAAUAACAACUCAAUUUAUACUGAGAGAUCAGAGCCGCCGACGAGCCCGUCGGUACUGCCAAGGCGGGGUGAGGGGGAGUCCGGAGCCGCCCGCUGUCUGUGACUCACACUACCUUGCCGAUAGCUAGCGAGUUCUUCUAAUGUGCCUCCCCUUGUCACCAUUUCUGUAAUUUUAAUAAUAAAAAUUACUUUUUGGAUUUUUUUCCGGAGCAUUUUAAUUCAUUAUAUGGAAGAUUUUCUCGUUAUUAGGAAACAUUUUUGUAUAAAGGAAAUUCAUUUGUCUUUAAAAAAAAUUCGUUAUAUAUAGAAGUUCGUUACAUAGAGGCUCUACUAUAUUUCAUACUUUAAAAACAUUAGUAUGAAAUAUUCUGUUGUUCUAACUAGUUGCGCAAUAUACUAUCGUCUUCUUAACAAGUAUUUUAAUCAAAUGAAACAACUGAUAAUAUGAUCAAGUAUUAAUUUAAGAGUAUUUUAUGAUAAUUUUACAAAUUUGACUCUAACCAAAAGACUGUUGGCUGCUCAAAUCGAUACUCGAGUAACCAGUAGAAUAUAGGCACAAAAUUCACCAUACACUGAAACUCAAAAUAAGUAGCAAUAUGACUAACAUCAUAACCCAUUUUUUCAAAAACUCUUAAAGGCCGCUUGACAUGAUGCAAUGCAACGUGCAGUGCAAUGCAAGACGCGAUGUUUCUUUAUCAAAAGCAUGCGCACAUGGAUGAAGUUCAACACUCUAAUUACUUCUUUCUUGUUAAUUUAACUUAACUUUGUUAUUUUUAAAUUAGUUUAAACUGGUCACAAAAUAUUAAAUAAAAUUUAACGUUAGGAAUUUGAUUAAUUUACUUAUGGAAGUUUUGUUAGGGGCAGCCAUCAUGCAGUGGUAAGAGACUUGUCAAACGACGUCCAAUAUUAAUCUAUGAAAUAUUUUGCAUGCAAUUUCUUGCACCAUGUCAAACUGCCUUAAAGUAACUGAAACAAAUUGAUAUUUUUAUAUACUCUCAUAUUUUCCCAUCAGUGAAUUUUUAUCAAAUUGUCUUUAUACCCCAUUUUAAUUAAAUAACAUGGUCCUUACUUCCUAAAGCAGUUGUGGAAGCCAGUUUUUGAAAUAGCAUCAAGUGAAUUCAUCGUAUUAUACUAUUCGAAUUUAUUUGGCAAAAUCCAAAAUCGUCAAUUCUAUUCAUUAUUUAUUAUCAUAAACACCAUCCAUCCCAUGUGGAUUAUGGCUAUCUCUUAUCGCUUUGAUCAUUUCAGUUUGUUUUAUUCUCAUUAUAUGCUAACCCAGUUGAGUCUUUGUGCUUCUAUGUAUCUCAUUAUAUUUUCUUUCUCCAGCUCUUUCUCUAUUUCUUCGUUUUUCUUUGCUCUCCUUUCUCCCUCCUGUGUUAUGUUUGGACCUGUUUUUUUAUAGGUUUCUGUUUCUUUCAUAGGCUUGAUAGCCUUUUUGUUUCCUUUCCUUUAUCCUAUCUGCAUUUAUUUCCAGUCCGUAAUUGCUUGCUUCUUCUUCUGAUUUGUUGAUCGCCUUUAUUAAUUCCUUCUGUCCGUUUGCUAUAAUAGACAUUGGGUCUCCCUGUUUGACGCCUUUAUUUGUGUCCGUCCGUUGUGCCUUGGAAUCUCACUCCAAUCAUUUACUAUAAUCAGAUUAAAAAUCUAUGUAUAAGUAUGAAGUUUCUUCCCCUUUGUCAGAAAAGAACUCAACAACACGUCUUAGUAUUGACUCGACUAGUUUAGGGUACAUUUUCAUGAUUCCACCAUCGUAAAUCCGCACUAGUUAUCAUUUUGUAAUAUAAUGCAACUUAGCUAAAAGUUCUUUGAGUAUAUGCCUCAAAUUCUUAACAGAAUUCAGUGAAUUACUAGGAUAAUCAAGCAUUUAUUUUCCUGGAUAAAAUUCUGGACCAAUGUCGAACUAUAACGAAAGAGGCAAGACAUGUUGAAAUAUUCUUUCUGUGUCCGUGUAUAGUCUUCAAUAGGAACUGAACUUCAAGUGCUUCUUAUUGUAAAAACAUUUAUUUAGAAAGGUGUUGCGGAUGAUGUCGACCUGGAAGCUCACCUUCACUUUGUCCAUAACACUUGAUGAUAUCCAAGUACAAAUAAAUGUCGUGAACAUCAUGUUCUGAUUAGAAUUAGGUUUUUUUGCCUUCCGGUAAACUUUUAAAAGCUUUUUCCAUACGGUUGAGGUAUUCACUUAAACACCAUAAUCCAGGAAAAUCUGUGCUUGUAUUUCUUGGUUUUACUUUGCUAUUUCUUAUUAAAAUUUUAACAGUUCUUUUUGGAGUCCAAAUCAGAGGCUCUGCAUGUGUAGUAUCUCAAUAUAACUGACUUCCGCUUGAUCUGUAACUGCUUAGUACCAGUAUUUCCGCUAUCCAGUCUGAUAAGUGUCCUCUUAUUUCUGGAACACAGUUUGACUCGUUUUAACUUGUCUUGUCAUUUGUCAUAUUCUAAUGGAAUUAUUUAACUUUUGCAACCAAUAUAAAGAGCAGCAAAUAUAGGUUAUAGAACAAUAUUCAUUAAAUUGGUUAAGGAAACUUUUAGUAUUUAUUGUUGAAAAAUGGUUGAAUGUGGGACCAUGUUCAAAUUAAUGGACCUCAGUUGUAUAUGUUGAAUGGAUAAUCAAAAGUAUAAGUGCAAUUUUUUUGUGUGUUUUUGUAAAAUAUGUUAGACACAUUACAAAAAUAAUAUCUACCCCUUGCCAUCAUUCCAUGUACAAAUUAUUCCUAUUGUCUGUACUCUAUGUUUUGACUUUUUGUGAUCCAGACAGCAAUUUUUAUAAUCUUGAAGUAACAAAAUUUAACAGAAUAUAUCAUAGAUUAUCAAACAUACUUUUUCACUACUAUCACUACACGAAUACUGGUCCUUCCAGCCGGAUAUUAAUCUAUAGAAGGUUCGAAGGAACAGAAAAUAGAGGAAGAAAAAGUCUGCAAACUUCAGCAUUGUCAAUUUUUAGUCGAUAAUGACUUUAAUAAUUGGAUUGAAAUUAUGGGAAUCGAUAAUUAGAUUCAAACUAAGAUGGCAACACUUAAAAUAAUACCAACUGUUCCUUCGAGCCGGAUGUAAACCUAUGGAAAGCCCUUAGAAUCAGACUGUAAUUGAGAGUGUUGGUUUAGCCAUAAUUAUAAAUAUUGUAAUCAGUACACAAAAUACAAACACAAGAAAAAUAAAAGUACUAAAAAUUAAAACACACUCUGCAACUUGAGAUUUCUUUCAUAUUAAAUUAGGAUUUCCACAAAUUCUAACCCUAUACUCUAGAAGUGGAUUAUAUAGAAGUUUUCCAAAACAUCAUCUGAAAAGUUGCCAUAAUCAUUAUGUUACAUUUACACACACAGUAAAAUUUCAGUUUUUUUUAUUACAUAUUUUGUAUCGGCUCUAAUAUUAUGAAAAGUUGCUGCUUGGAUUUAGCUGCACAGAUGCGUAGCUUGAACUGAUAUACGAGGAUGGUUUCAGAAGUACCUGGCUUAACCAAGAGAUGACGGUAGUUGCACUGUAUUAGAAAGAAGCCACCUUGUUUAGUAUUUACUUGGCAGCCAUCAAUAGUGAAAGUUUUCAGUGAAUACUUUUAAUUGAAAUACCUUAGCCCAACCAAUAUAAAAGCUGAACUAGAUUCUACUCUGGAUGAGAAUGAUCCUUUCGUUAUCAACAGUAAAAUGUUGCUGCGAAGACCAGCAUAUCAAUGGUCGACCAAAUGAGGUGACGGCUACAGAAGAAAAUCCACAAAGCGUUACUGGAUGAUAAUCGAAUGGAAGUGUGUGAGCUAGCAGACAUAGUAGGCAUUUCAAAAAGUGCGAUACAUCCUAUAUUAACUAAAAAACCAUGGAUAAAAUGUGGUUCUUUCACUUCACAUCUGAAACAAAAGAUCAAUCAAAACAAUGGACAACCGGCUCUAAAGAAGGCAAAGACCGCUUCAUCUACAGACCAGGUCAUGGCGUCGCCUUUUUGAGAUGCAUGUGGAAUAAUUUUCAUCGACUAUCUUGAAAAAGGAAAAAUUAUCAACGGCGAGUAUUAUGCGAACUCAUUGGAACGUUUGAGCGAAGAAAUCAAGCAAAAACGGCCGCAUUUGGCUUAGAAGAAAAUGUUGUACCAUCAACCCAAGUACCAGCUCACACAUCUAUUAUUGCAAUAGCAAAAUAAAGUUUGAGCCCACCUCGGAUUGUUUUCCUACAAUGGAGAGAGGAUAUCGGCAGUUGAUGGCUAUUUUGAGGAGCUUGACGAUUUUUAUUAUAAAAAGGGUAUCGAUAUUAUUGAACAUCUAUUUUUUGUUUUUGUGUCUUCUUUUUCGGGCCAGGUACUUCUAAGACCAACCUCGUAGACGUCGGUGAUCGGGCCCAUUUUUCAUUCCAAAGCUUGUAGUCUUGAAGGUAGUUACAAAUGUCACUCAAUCGUAUUAUGUUGUCCCAAGUAAUUAACCAAUUCAAUUAGUUCAAGGGGCAUCAAGAAGGCCCACGUCUAGCUACGCUACUGUUGCUAAACGUUUCUUAUUCUACAUAUCAAAGUGUAAGUGCCACUCAAGCUCUUUAGAAAGAUAACACCAGUGUUUGUCGAGAACAUUUUGGAUAUAUAAUUGAAAACCUAGUCUUUAAAAAAUAUUUUGCUGGGGAUAUUUUUCUAAGUUGAAGGCACAAGUAGCUUUAGUGAAUACUUUCUACCAAAGUAAUACGAAACUCGUAUUUAUAUUGUGUAAUAUUUUAUACUAUUUAAUAAAACAUUUUUUCUAAUA